CAAACCUGCAAAAUCAGGCAUCCACAUUAUAUCCUGUUCGAUUUACCCAAAGAACGUGAGUAUGCAUGACAUGUACUGCUGCUGGGGAUCGUUAAUGAUCUGUGUUUAUGAACAAACAUCUUAUCUUCCCCAAGCUGCACUUGUCUUCCAUACACAUAUAAUAUUAACCCCGCCAUCACUGAAUUAUCAGAUAUAACUAGGAAGUUGAAUUACCUUUCUGUGCCGGUAAUCUUCAGGCAUGAUGGUUGCUUCAAUCUGACAGUUAGACAACAUAUACAGUGAGCAAAAGUUUGCUGCCAGUUCUUCAUAACGAAUAUGUUCACUUGCAUAUAAGGGAGGGAGUGUUCUAGCAUAUGAAAACAUAAGAAUAACUUGUUUACCAAAAAGAAUCACAAAGAAUAGCGGCAACAAUAAUUGCAAGCCUUAAAAUCAGUUACGUGAAUUCUAUAGCUCCAGCCAUCCUAAUCCAUGGCCAUAUAAAAAAUGACCCUAACUGAUCAACAAGCAUCUAAUACGAAGACCUACCUCCUGAUCUAUUCUCUUCCAGGUUCUAGACAUGUCAGUAACUGACUUGGAGCAUAUGGGACAGCAAUAUCUGGGCACCAGAAUUAAAGGAAGUCAGAGGAAAAUGUGUCUUCAGCUACUUGUCCAUGGCAAACAAAAAGUUCGAGUUCGAUCGCCCUCGCCCUUGCCGCCAUCUGCUUCCGGUCCGGUUGCUUCGUCACUCUCGCCGCCGUCUGGUUCGUCGUUCUCGCCACCGUCUGGUUCGUCGCACUUGUCGCCGUCUGGUUCGUCGCACUCGCCAUCAGCUUCGUCGCACUCGCCGUUAGCUUCGUUUCGGUGCUCCUCCUCGUCUGCUUCCAGCACCUCCCCGUCUGCUUCCAGCACCUCACUUCGUGACCUCGUCGUCGUGCCGUCGUGUCGUCUUCUGCUUCAUCACCCUCAUCGCCAUCAGCUUCGUUGCACAAUGUUGGCUUGUAUAGUUGUAUGUAUUUAAUUUAAGUGAGUUUUGUAUCCAAUUAACGUGUUGUAUGCAAUUACAGUGUUGUAUGUUUAUUGUUUAUAUUUGAUUUUUUUUAUUUUUUUAUAUUAAAAAUUAUAUUUGUAA